AUGCCCCCAGUCAAAAGGACAGCAGAUGACGACGUGUACGAGCUUCCCGUAGCGAAGAAAACUCAUCCCUUCUUCACCCCCGGUGUCAAAUCCCCCGGUACAUUCCUCCCCUCUCCACCGACCCUGAUACAUUUUCUCCAUCUGGACCCAUUCGACCGUCCGGGAUCUUCUCAAGUUCCUGUUGUCUUUUAUGACCUAGAUGGUACUCUUAUCAAAACCCGCAAAGGUGGAGACUUCCCCUCCAGUCGUGACGAUUGGCAAUGGUGGCAUGAUACCGUUCCCUCUCAACUGAAAUCCGAAUGGGAAUCACGCAAACAUAUUAUCGUACUAUCAAACCAAGGAGAUUCAAGAGAGAAAAUAAGGAAUGAAUGGAAAGCCAAACUUCCUCUCAUCGCAGCGAAAAUGCCUUCAGGUGUUCCUCUCCGUAUCCUGGCCGCUUUGAACAAAUUCGAUAUUUACAGAAAACCCAAUACUGGGAUGUUUGAUGAGAUCGUCAGAUUAUAUCGGAAUCAAAGAUUAGAGAUAGAUAUGGAAAAUUCGGUUUAUGUGGGUGAUGCGGCAGGACGAGCUGGACAUCAAGGCAGAAAGAAAGAUCAUGGAGAUAGUGAUUUUAAACUUGCCAUAAACGUCGGAAUCAAAGAACAUUUCCCAAAUCCUCCAAAUGGUUUCAGACCAAGUAAAAGCUUGUCAUUGAAACGUGAGUCUUGA